AUGAAGUUCGUACCGGCAGGCGUCGUGCCCUUCGUGGCCCUGCUCCUGCUGCAGAGGCGGCCCGUGGCCGGCCGGGCGCUGCUGGUGAGCGGCUCGGGCUGCCCCAGCCACGGCCUGUGCCGCUCCAACGUGCAGGAGCAGACCCGCAGGCAGGUGGCCGUGCUCAACGCCACCGCCCAGGAGCUCUUCAGCCUCUACCUGAAGUGCCAGGGAGAGCCGUUCAGCAGCGAGAGUGACAAGCUCUGCAACCCCGCCGGCAUCUUCUUCCCCGCUUUCCGCGUCAACCGGACGAGCGAGAGGAAGGAGGUGAUGGUGGCCAUGUACAAGCUCUUCGCCUUCCUCAACGCCUCGCUGGGCAACAUCACGCGCGACCAGGAGGAGCUCAACCCCAUGGCCAAAGAGCUCCUCGAGAGGCUCCACAACACCACCAAGACCACCCGAGGCCUCAUCUCCAACCUCACCUGCCUCCUCUGCAAGAACUACAACAUCUUCCAGGUGGACGUCAGGUACGGGGACAGCUCCAAGGGCAAGAGCGCCUUCAAGAAGAAGCAGCAGGGCUGCCAGGUGCUCAGGAAGUACGUGCAGGUCAUCGGGCAGGCAGCACGUGUCCUCCUACCUCAUCUCAGCCCUUCAUGAGCGCCCGCCCCGCCUGCGCUGCCUCUCUGCUGCUCGCCGGCCCCGCCGCUGCCUCCCCAAUUCCCGCCUUCCUAUUUAUUACCCGGAGCCCCAUCCGCCCUCCGGUAAUUUAUUGGCCCUUGACGGGGUGAACGUGUCAGCCCGGAGCGUCCGGGCAGGGCAGAGCCAGCACCCAGCGGGACGAGGCAGGGCAUCCCCGAGGAGCACGGGCUGGUCCCGGGAUGUGCCUCAGCCGUCCCCUGGCUCCCACCGGGUGUGGGGAGCCGUGGGGGUGGCAGCAGGGCCGGGCUGUCCCCUAAGGACGGUGUCACUACGGAGAGCACGAGGACAGAUGCCCCUGAGCACCAUCUGAACGCCUUCGCUUCCCUGGAGAAAGGAUUGUGAGGAAGGACAUGGGGAUGCAGGGACAUGGGGACACGCUUCCUCUGCACAUUUUGUGUCUGGGCUCCCCUGCAAGGAGCCAAACUGAGGGUACUGGUGGCUGUGCUGGCAGGGGCUGGGUCCCACCGUCUGGGACAAAGCCACCUGUGUGGGACAGUCACCCCACUGUGGAACAUCAUCCCCCCGCGCGGGCACAGCGGGGCACGGAAUGUCCUCUCCUUUGGGAAAGCGCUUUUCCCAUUGGAAGG